UUUUAAAAAUGCACCUGUGCAAAUCCGGAAGUUCGGUUACCUGUUGAGGUGCCCGGAUGUCGAUACGUAGUGACAAGAUGGCGAAGCUUUGACAGAAGUGCUGCUGGAGCAGUGAGAUCAUCAACAGCAGCGGGUGAACUACCUGGGCUCGCAAAAGGUUGAAGAACAACCGGCUCCCAGGAUGUUCGCCAAGAAGAAGAAGAAGCCGAUAAUCUCGGCACCAAGUAACUUCGAACAUCGUGUGCACACUGGUUUUGACCGGCGGGAGGGCCGCUUCGUUGGACUGCCACCACAGUGGGCUAGCCUCAUUGGCGCAGGCCAAGACCGGCCCAAGCCAAUCAUCGACCCUUCAAACAUAACCCCUACCGAAAUACUGGACAUGAAGCUGCAUACUAUCGUGAGAGGUGGCACUCCCGGCAGCACAAGUCCCAUUGGCAGAGGUCCAUCGCGCCCAGGCGGGCCCGUUUCGGUGACACGUUCCAACUCUCUCCGUAAGGAGAGCCCCCCCAUGAUCCAUCGAGACAUGAGUCGGCUUCCACCACCUGUUCCUGAACACGACACAUUCCCAGAAAGCAGCCCAGCAUCUCAGGGCUACACACUGCCUCCAUAUGCACACUACCAGGGGCAGCAGCCACUUCGGGGCCAGCACCCACAGACUCAGCAUCCGAUAGGAGGGGGUCGUGUACCACCCGACCACCUCCAGGGCCACCCUAAUGCAUAUGCCCCGGGCUACAUGCACCCGCAGCAGGGUCAUACACAGGAUCACCCUCAGCAGGACACACAAAGCCAGGGCAUGCACAGGCCGGGUGACUCGCAGGAGGCUCCCGAUAGCCCAUCGUUACCAACCCAUGCCCAGGGCUACCCUUCACAGGGACGUCAACAGCCUGGCAACAUUACACCUCAGCCACCUCACGGCGUUCCAUCGCACAAUGGCAACUACUAUUCUGAGCAAGAACUGCCACCGCACAAUGGGCAACAGCCACAUCCAGGCCACUACGAAAGCCGGGACCACCUGCCCACUUCACACACUUUGCCAUCACAUUCGCACCAUGCUCCACCGCCACACCUUCCACCACACGUCCAUCAUCCUCCAGCUCAUGCUGGACAGCAGCAGCAACAUUUACAGCAGGCAUCGCCUCACCGAGAGAGCUGGGGCUCAGGCCAGGACCGCUACGAUGCCAGCGACUGGGAGUCGUCUGGGUAUGGAGCUGCGGUGCCUCCGCACACCCGGCCGGCCUCUGGCCUUGGGUUGCAGGCGCACCAUGGAGGUGCCCCUCCGUCGACGGCAGGUCACCCUCCUCCAUCCAUGCAUCACCCUCCAGCUCAACAGCAGCACCAGGCACUUCUUCCGCAACAUCCUGCUGCCGGCAUGCACCAUCCUCCUCCACAUACAAACCAGCAGCACCCAAGGGGUCCUUCGCCCAUGCACUCUGCACACAGCGGUGGCAUUCCACCGUCCCACCAGCCCCAUGUGCCGCACAUUCCAAAUGGGAAGGUCCCGCCUGCACUCAACAAUGGACACCGGAUGUCUCCUUCAGGAAUGGCAUCUCAGUAUGCUGUGAAUGAGCAUCCUGGCGGCUACUCUAUCCCUCCAUACCAGCAUCCAGCCUCCCAGCUGCCACCCUCCCAACUGCAGCAGCAGCAACAAAGAGUCUCUCCGCAGAACAUCAACCAUGGCCCGCAGGCUGGGCACCUGCUGCCGGACAGUUACCGGCCAGGGCCUCAGUGUGGACCUCACCAGUACGGACCGUCCAAGUCUCACCCAGGCCACAGCCAUUCGCCCGGGCCAGGGCCCAUUGCCAAGGAAUUGCCAGCCACCCCGCCAAAACCCAAGGUGCCAAAUGACCAUCACCAUCAUCAUUACCAGCCUACGGGACCACACCAGCAGCCACCAGUGCAGCAGCAGCCACCUGCUGGAGGACAGACCAUAGUGGAUGGUGGUCGGGAUGGAAUGGGCAAAAGUCAAGCAGCAAUGGACCAUGCACCACCACCGGUGGCAGGCAAGCCCCAGUCAAGCCAUCCACCCGAGCACCAAAGGCUGUCACAUGAGCAGUUCCGAGCAGCGCUGCAGAUGGUGGUGAGUUCAGGUGAUCCUCGUGACAACUUGGACAACUUUGUGAAGAUUGGUGAAGGCUCGACUGGCAUUGUGUGCAUAGCUACCGAGAAGCCCAGCGGCCGCCAGGUUGCCGUCAAGAAGAUGGACCUUCGCAAGCAGCAGCGCCGGGAGCUUCUGUUUAAUGAGGUGGUGAUUAUGCGGGACUACCAUCAUCCAAACAUAGUUGAGAUGUACGACAGCUUCCUGGUGGGCGACGAGCUCUGGGUCGUCAUGGAGUUCCUCGAAGGUGGAGCCCUCACCGACAUUGUCACACAUGCCAGAAUGGAUGAAGAGCAGAUUGCAACAGUCUGCAAACAGUGCCUGAAGGCCUUGGCAUUCCUCCAUUCACAAGGCGUCAUUCACAGAGACAUCAAGUCGGACUCCAUACUGCUGGCCAGCGAUGGCAGGGUGAAGCUGUCAGACUUCGGCUUCUGUGCGCAAGUAUCCGUGGAACUUCCCAAGCGCAAGUCUCUCGUGGGCACACCAUACUGGAUGGCGCCAGAAGUGAUCUCGCGGCUCCCGUAUGGUCCUGAGGUGGACAUCUGGUCCUUGGGAAUCAUGUGCAUCGAGAUGGUGGAUGGUGAGCCACCAUUCUUCAAUGAGCCGCCGCUGCAGGCCAUGCGGCGCAUCCGGGACAUGCCGCCACCAAAGCUCAAGAACACGCACAAGGUGUCCCCCAGGCUGCAGGGCUUCCUGGAGAAAAUGCUGGUGCGGGACCCGGCGCAGCGGGCCACGGCCUUUGAGUUGCUGCAGCAUCCGUUCUUGAGGCAGGCGGGUCCUCCAAGCCUCCUUGUGCCACUAAUGCGCAGCUUCAGGCACAGCCCCUGCUGAUGAUGCCAGUGCAAGGCGAGCCUGGGUUGAGCCCUGGUCGUCAGCACAUACAGCGCAGGGGCCGUGUUUGCAUUAGCGCUUCUUCCAUGUUCAACACAGUUUCAUACGCAUUCCCAUAGUUCUGUAUGUUUUCCGUAUCACCUGCAUAGAACUGGUAGAUUCUGUAUUGAUUCCACUUUAUUUCUGUAAAGUGAGUGCAUUGUGCUAAUCAAGGAAUUAUUGCCAUAUAGCUCACAUGGAAAUCAUAUGGAUUUUUCAUUGAUUCUGCUUUUUUGUGAAUGAUAAUGGGAAUUUUGUGUCACUUCUGGAUCCUUUUCAUAAAAAAAAAAACAGGAGUAAAAAGAUGUGAGGAAUGGCUACACUAUAAGUGAUAUGAAAGUUAUGUGCAUGGCGUAUGCAUUUCCAAGUUUUGCAAAAAAAAGAGUAUGAUGCGGAAGACAUAAGGAAAUAUUGAAAUGCUUAUGAAAUCUGUCGCCAAGCUCCCCUGUUCCACAUUAUCGCGUGCUGAAUUAGCACAGGUGUCUGACAUUUUGGGGGAUUGAGAGUGUCUGUACUAGUUUUCACCUUUCUCACUCUUAAAACAAAUGCAGUCUUCCGGUAGAGAGGCAAGGUGCUGCCGUGGCAACAGUUUUGAUGUUGCCAACAUGUGGUGCUUCAUCUGUAUACAUGAAAAUAUAAGGCGAAGUCAGGAUGGUCAUACAGGGAGCCCUAAGGAUUAGGUAAAUUUAUGCAUUUAUUUGUGGGACAAGACAGGGGAUCCCUAUGGUUGUUAUGAAAGCAGUGCUUUUGCCCAUGAUUGCCCUGUUCUGUGGAGAAAUGGCAAAGGCCCAUACAUUAGGGCAAGGGCACCUUAUAUUAGGUCCCCUGAUCUCAAGGUCAAGAUGGUGGUGGAUGGUGGUGUGUGGUGGAUGAGAGUGGCAAUGUGGACUUGUUAGUUCAUCCUCACAGGUAUUUGUUGUAUGCAUGCAAGGAUACAGACACAGAAAUUACUGUGGUCAUCUGAAGUCUUUGUGGUGUGGAAUCUUGGAAAAAGUUGAAUAUUUCCACAGCUUUGGUAUGAGGAUUUCCUUUUUCUUUUCCUACUCUGUAACUCUGAGCGAACUAAACAUAUCAUUCCAUUACUACAAGUACUUUCAAACAUGGUGCUUAGCAGUUUUACUGUCUGCAGGCACAAAUUGUUUGGAAAUUUAACUUUUUGUGGAAGCUACACCCUGAAAGCUUUUGAUGCCUGCCAGUAUGGGACAACACAGUUUACUAUGUGUUCUCUCAAUGUUAUGUGUCCAUGUCUUUGUUGCUUGGGCUACGACAAUUUUACGAGUAUGGUGGGCUGUUGUGCAUGUGAGCACAGCAGCAAAGCUUCAAGCAUAUUUAGAACAUGGAUAAGGGGGUCAAGGCCAAGAAGGUGUGGCAGUGGCUGGGUUGGAUGAUCUAUGACUGUUUGUGCUCAGCAUGCUCAAAAACUUUUUUUAGAAAAAGUUCCAAGGAGAUCCCUUCAGUGCUAGACACAAUUCACACAUUUUGUGAAAAGUGUUAAGAGGGUUUCUUUAGGAAUAUGGGGAUUGUGUUGCACUAGUUUGAACUUGAUGAUACAACGUUUCGCUUCCUCGACCCACUUGUAAUUUCUAAUUUGCAUCGGUAUGUAGCUUGCACUGCUUUCAAACAAUUGCAGGGAACCGCUACUUGGCUGUAAUUUGUUUUGCUGCAAGUGUAUUGUUGAUGAAGUUCUCGCACAAUUCUACACACAACUUUAUCUUAUUUGGAAGUUUGCUCCAUUCUGCAGUACACUAUGUUGACAUGGGGUUGAAAUGGCAAUGAAAGUUGCAAAGGUCUCAGUGGCUGAAACGAGUCGUCAGUGAUGUCAGCACUGCCCGAGAUUUUCUUGGUAGAGAAACCGCACAGCCGUGGUUCAUUACAAUCUUACUUUUGCAAAGAGUUGCGGUUGUUAGUGAAGUACUAAUCAUCUCUCUAGGAAUCUAUCAGAUUUCCUUAGCCAGUUAUUAUUACUGUUAAGUGCUACCAGGAACCAUGACGUUAGUAUUUUACGGUCGCCCUUCCAUUUAGUCGCAAGCUGUGUAGACAGACCAUUCUGGAAACAACUUUCAUCAACAAAGAUGCUUCGCUGAGCCUCUGUGUGCAGGGUCAUUUACUGUCACUGCUCUUCUAACUAGCCUAUUAUAAGACAUUAUUUGUGAGAGCACACAUAGGUAAACGAAUGACACGAUAGCUUUUGUGUAACGUGCACAAUUGUUCUCAUUUUCCACAAUUGUGUAACAUCCCUUGCGAAGUUUCGGAGAUGCUGCCACCUGUUUGAUUUCACGCUGUGGCUGAUCAGUGUUGUUUCUAGACACUGAGUGGCAAGGUGACUAAAGUGUUGGUGCUCAUAAUAAUACCUGUUCCUAACAAGGUUCGGCCUUUUAGAAGUUUAGUUUGGUUUUAAUGUACAGAUAAGUUUGUCUUAGUGACUUUCGUUUCAAUAGAUUAUGGGAAAUUCUGCUUUUAUAAUUGAUGUCAAUAAAAAAUGUUGUUUGGUUGCCUUGCUUGCUCAUGGGAAUGCUUCAACGGCUGCUUCAAGGAAAGCUGUAAAGAGUUCAAUUGAAAAACAGCUUUGCAAACUUUGCAGGGGGUGUUUAUUAUUUUAUCUUUGUGUGCUCUCAUAGAACUUUCCUGUUGUGUUCUCGCAUUUUACAAGGCCGUGGCUGCAGUUAUUGUUAGAGUACUUACAAGAAGAGCAGUGUAGUAGUAGUUCAUUGUAGUUUGGGUUUUCAGUAAUAUUGAUAGUGGUAGCUGGAAGUAAGAUGAUAGCAUUUGCAUGCUGGUCACUUCAGCGGCCCUUUCUUUACUACUCUAGACUUGUUCAGGUUAACAUCAAUCACAUAUGACAAACUUGGUGCCAACGAACGUGCACUCGCCAAGAAUAAAAUCAAAAAUGAGGAACAGACGUUUCGGGCCCCGUACGAGCCCUUUGAUCACAAUGAAGACGUAAGCAUGGGCGCACGACUAUAUAUAGGUGAGGUGUCGAGUGCACGUUUUUUGGCACCAAUAUGUUUCCUCGCCAGAUGAGUUUUCGUCGAACACUUGACUAUAUGACAAACUUAAUGCGUAGCCUAUACGUAAACAAUAACUUGUCAGCCAUUUUAAGGACAUACAUCUUAGCUUGCGUGAAUAUAGUAGUUUGCAUGGGAAAAGGAAUGCUAGUAUCAAAAAUUAAAUCAAGAUAUAUGGUUAUGCUCAUCUUUUGAAACAGUGAACGUGUCACUGUUCUGCAAAAAAAUUGAGCAUUCGUGAGCAAGACUAUGACAUGCAUGUGAGAGAGACCACAUUGGAAUUGUGUGUGUUAGUAUAGCAAUAAUAGCACCAGAAGUUGUAAGCCAUUGUUAAGGAUCAGCCAAUUCGUUGCACUCAGAAUGAUAGUAAAUGUAGUAUGGCCACAUUUCUUAGGCUUUCCUACAGAUUCACUUUGGCUACUGCUCGAUGGCACUGCCAGCAGCUUUACUCAGGCAAGACACAUUUGGAAGGGCUUCAUUUUAUUUGAACUUGGAUCAUCUUAUGUGUAAUCUAACAUCCAUAACUAUACUUCAUCUCACCAAAUCUGUGCAAUGCAGCGAAAGUCACAUCAGCCAACCAAAACAGAGCACCCAAAGAAGUUAUACUCUAUUGUCCAUCACUGAUCCCCCUCUGCAAAACACCGGCUGAACAAAAGCUUCACAGAACAAUUAGUAGCGCACAAUGGGCAAGCCCUUCUCUCUUUGCUGUAACAUGCAGCCAGCUCUUAUUACUGCAAACUAGAAAUUGGGUUAGUUGGCACAAUUUCAUCUUUUCUUGUGCUAGCAUUAAGAAACAACUUGAACAAAGAUGAACACAAAUCUACAAGACCGAACAUGGCAAGUGAACAUACUAUUUGCACUUCACAUGUUUAUGUUUGUGCUCAUCCUUCUUCAAGUUGUUUCCCAACACCUAGCCCAAGAAAAGAUUGAAUCUCAUUACUAAUUAGCCGACACAAACCCUAGUCUUCAUUGCACUGUGCAUAUUUAGCGAAGGGGGCACGUUGUUUCAUGAUAAGUCACUGUAACAACUUGCAUGUAAUAAGGACAAUUUCAUGGGGUGUGUAGUACAGCCAGAUCUUUCCGGUUUGUUGUGGGCUGUCGGUACUACUCUGUUGUGGUUUUUACUGGGUGACCAUCUGUGGUGUCCUAGAGUCUGCUGCUCUAUGAGAGCAGCAGUUUUACAAUCAACAUUCCCAACACUGGGUAGGAAUGCUGCAUUGCACUGUCAGCUUCCAAGGCAGACUAGACAGAUGUACGUAAUUAGGAUGAUGCAUGUGCCAUUCAGUUUUUGCCAUAAAUCUCCUAGCUGCUCUGCAAAUGACAAGAGCACUUGCUGGGCCCUGUCUGUGUCCUUGUGCUGCACCUGGCAGGUUGAAGUUCUGGAAAGUAAGAAGCACCACCCUAACUGACUCUGAGCCUCUGGGACAGUGAAAGUUCUGGAGGGUGAUUUUGUUCAUUCUGUUAAAGGGACACUAAAGGUUACCAGAAACUCAAGUGAAAGUGGUAGACCAAUGUACAAGAACGUCUAAGGCGUCAAUUUAAUCGCAAACAGA